AUGGCUUCCGCUGCCAGAGCUGCUUCCCGGGCCUUCCUGCGCUCGACCUCUGUCCGUCCUGCUGUGCGCAGCACCCGUUUCGCCAUCCCCGCCAACGGUCUCCGUGCUUCUGCUCGUCGUGGAUAUGCUUCAGAGGCUGGCUCUGAGAAGUCCGGUUCUUCCCUCGCCAUCUGGGCCCUUGGUCUCGGUGCCCUCGGUGCCGGUGGUGCCUACUUUUACCUGAACGGCGAAUCUACCCCCAAGGGUCCCUUCGUUCCCACCCAGGCCGAUUACCAGAAGGUGUACGAUGCUGUUGCUCAGCGUCUCGCCAGCGAGACCGACUAUGAUGAUGGCAGCUAUGGUCCCGUUCUGGUCCGUCUCGCAUGGCACGCUAGUGGUACCUAUGACAAGGAGACUGGCACUGGAGGUAGCAACGGUGCUACCAUGAGAUUCGCCCCGGAGUCUGGCCACGGCGCCAACGCUGGUCUCAAGACUGCCCGCGACUUCCUCGAGCCCAUCAAGGCUCAGUUCCCCUGGAUCACUCACUCUGAUCUGUGGACUCUCGCCGGUGCCUGCGCCAUCCAGGAGUUGGGUGGUCCCGUUGUCCCCUGGAGACCCGGCCGUGAGGACCGCGACGUCUCCGCCUGCACUCCCGAUGGUCGUCUCCCCGAUGCCACCAAGGACCAGCGUCACAUUCGUGACGUCUUCUCCCGCAUGGGCUUCGAUGACCGCGAGAUGGUUGCUUUGAUCGGUGCUCACGCUCUUGGCCGCUGCCACACCGACCGCUCCGGCUUCGAUGGUCCCUGGAACUUCAGCCCCACUGUCUUCAGCAACGACUUCUUCCGUCUGCUUGUUGAUGAGAAGUGGAGCCAGAAGAAGUGGAACGGCCCUACUCAGUUCACUGACAAGACCACCUCCACUCUCAUGAUGCUGCCCACUGAUAUGGCUCUUGUCAAGGACAAGGCUUUCAAGAAGCACGUUGAGCGCUAUGCCAAGGACAGCGAUGUCUUCUUCCAGGAGUUCUCUGAUGUCUUUGUCAAGCUCCUUGAGCUUGGUGUUCCCUUCAAGACUGAGGAUCGCUUCGUCUUCAAGACUUCUGAGUAA